AUGUCAGAUUAAUUACCAGCAGUUAUAAUAGAUAAUGGUUCUGGAUAAUGUAAAGCAGGUAUUGCAGGUGAAGAUGCUCCAAGAUGUUGUUUUCCUGCUAUUGUUGGAAGGGCAAAAUAAAAGGUUGCUAUGUGUAGUAUGGAUAACAAAGAUGUAUAUGUUGGAGAUGAAGCAUAAGCUAAAAGAGGUGUCCUAUCCUUAAAAUAUCCUAUUGAUAAUGGAAUAAUAAAUAAUUGGGAUGAUAUGGAAAGAAUUUGGCAUCAUGCCUUUUUUAAUGAAUUAAGAGUAUCUCCUGAAGAUUAACCAAUUUUAUUGACAGAAGCUCCAAUGAAUCCUAAAUUUAAUAGAGAAAGAAUGAUUUAGAUAAUGUUUGAAACAUUUAAUGUUCCAUCCUUUUAUGUUUCUAUUCAAGCUGUUUUGUCACUUUAUUCAUCUGGAAGAACUACAGGAUUGGUACUUGACUCAGGAGAUGGAGUUACUCAUUGUGUACCAAUUUUUGAAGGUUAUUAAAUGCCUCAUGCUAUUUCUAGAAUAGAUUUAGCAGGUAGGGCAUGCACAGACUAUUUAUCAAAAAUACUAAAUGAAUUAGGAUAUUCAUUUACUUCAUCAGCUGAAAGAGAAAUUGUAAAAGAUAUUAAAGAAAGACUUUGUUACACAGCAUUAGAUCCAAAGGAAGAGGAGAAAAAAUAUAAAGAAAGCAAUUCUUAAAAUAGACCAUACGAACUACCAGAUGGAAACAUAUUGACAAUUAAAGAUUAAAGAUAUAGAUGCUCUGAAAUUUUAUUUGCACCAGAAUUAAUAGGAUUAGAAGUUCCAGGAAUUCAUUAAUUAUCAUUUACUUCAAUUAUGAAAUGUGAUAUUGAUGUUAGGAGAGAUCUAUAUAAUAAUAUAGUAAUGUCUGGGGGAACUACUCUCUUUCCUGGAAUCCCAGAGAGAUUAAGUAAAGAAAUGACUAAUUUGGCACCUUCAUCAAUGAAAAUUAAAGUAGUUGCUCCACCUGAAAGAAAGUUUUCAGUAUGGAUUGGAGGAUCUAUUUAAUCUACCUUAUCUACAUUCCAAUCCUAAUGGGUAACAAGAUCUGAAUAUGAUGAAACAGGUCCAUAAAUUGUUCACAGAAAAUGUUUCUGA